AUGGCUGCGCCCGUGACGUGGGUUUAUGCCGAGUCGUUUCCUUCACAUAUACCUGCAUCCCAAGCUCUUGUCAGUAGGGAACAAUUUUAUAAUUUUUUUCCUGAUUACAAGGACCCGUCGUCCACACUGUUGUAUUCGCAUUGUAAGUCAAAAGCGGGUAUUUUGAUCCGCGCAUACUUAGCAUCCGAAGAAGAGACGCCGAGAUGCGAGUCUCCAGCGCACAGCAAUAACAAACACACUUUGAGAGUUUUUGCAAGCAAAUCGUUUUUGAAACACUAUCGCCUCUUAAAGGGAUCGAAGGGUGUUGUGCGUCUUUUUCAGCCACUGCCAUUAAGUAAACUUGUAAUUGGUGCACGAAGUAGACAUGGUUUCAAGUGGGCUACAUCUGAAAACUUCUCCAAUGGCUUGCACAAUCUGGCGUCCUGUCAGGACCAGGCACCUUUGGUCAGACAAGGUGACUCCCUGUCGUUGCCUCUUCGGUCGUUGGCUUGCGAUAAUCUCAUUCAAGGUCAUCAUAACUUGUCCGAUUUAUUUGUCCUGGAGUCCUAUCCUGUGACGCAGGGCGUCGUCACUGUCAAUACCAGUGUGGUGGUAGCUGACUGUCAAGACAUCAGUUCAUGUCAGACCUUAAAUGAGAACCUGAGCCACAGCUCUGGUCACUCUACGCCUCUCAUCGCCUCUGAUUUCGCCCAUUACGCCAAUAGUCUGAGCAGUGGGGACUUUUUGUUGGGCAAUGCGUCAUUGGUCAACUCUGGAUUCUCUGGGUUUGUACAGGCUCUGGAGUGCAGGGUCGAUAUCAAGGUAGUCGAUAUCCACAGCCUCUGCCAGCAAGGUGCAAUCAUAUUCAGAAAUGACCAAGAAUCCUCCCUCGACAAGGACAGCACCAUUUUUCUCAGCAAGAAUUUGCUACUGAAACUCGGCUUGUUCAAUGGCGAAUGGGUCAUGGUGUCCAAAUUGUGUGCUACCCUGGACAGGAAUAAGAGUGCAGUGAGUCUAGAGUCAACUCAAAGCCCGGACAGAUCAGAAAGCAAGAAGGCAGUCAAACCCAAAGCUGACCAGCACAUUGCCUCUGUAGUUGUGGUGGACUUUGCCAAGGGUUCCAGUUCCGCGGCGCUCAGUGAUACCGUUGGCGUGAUCUCCUUGGUUCACUGGUUCAACUUGACCAAUGGGGAGCUGCUUCCUCGGGGCAGCAAAAGCCAAGUUAAACUCAAGAGGUGGAAUCCUCACUCCUCUCAACCAGGAUGUCAGCUGUCGGAGAGCUCCUCCAGGUCUGCCUCACCGCAGUUUGCCAAAGAGCUCCACAUCGAGGCCGUCAGGUCACCUGGCUUCAACUUGCACAGCCUCUCCGAUGCACUUCUUCAUCAGUACUUCACAACACCAAGGUUGUUAAAGCAGGGCAGUGUCAUUAGCAUCCCAACGUCGGGACAGCCUGAAGUUCUGGAGGCCUGUGGUGAGGGUGUAACAAGGUGGCCAUUCCUGUCGUUCAAAGUCAAGAAAAUAUGUGGCACAGAUGGAUCGGGACCCUACCUGGCAGAUGCAACCCAUUCCAGUCUGUACAUGGAGGGCAGCACUAGUGGUCCAGUCCCAUGGGUCAGUUCAAACGGCCCGUCCUUUUGGACGCACCUGUCUCCCGCUGGCCUGUCCAGCACAGUGGAGCAGCUGGUGACCAUUAUUCAUCCCUACGUGAAGGAAAGCUCCCCUGUGUUCCAUGGGAAGUGUUCCGUCCUUCUGAGGGGGCCUAGCGGCUGUGGCAAAGUCACCGUCACCAGGGCUACGUGCAGGAGGCUGCACCUGCAUCUGCUAAAGGUUGACUGUGUCACCUUGUGCGCUGACACGGCCGCCGCCUGUGAGGUCAAGAUGCGGAUGGUGUUCCAGAAGGCCGAGUUCCAUAAGCCCUGCGUCCUGCUGCUACGCAACUUCCAGUUGCUAGGGCAACCGCGCGACGGCACGGUAACGGAUGCAAGAGUACUGGCUGCACUCUGUCAGUUUAUAGAGAACCUCCCACCCAGUGUUGUGGUGGUGGCCUCUGUCAGCAACGCUAAGGAGCUCUCCUCCGGCGUCUUGGCCGCGUUCGUCCAUCAGGUGGUCAUGGAGUGCCCGACGGAAGACCAGAGGAGGGCGAUGCUGGGCAUGCUCAGUGAGGAGAUUACCCUGGGGAAGGACGUCAACCUCAGCAAGCUGGCCAGGCAGACUGUGGGGUUUGUCUUGGGAGACCUUUGUGUACUCGUGACUCUUGCUGGAAAACAAGCUCACAAAAGAAUCGUGGAAACAAGCUUCCCAGGAGGAGAGAUCAUCAGCGUGCAGCAGGAGGAGGAUCUGAGGGCCUCGGGCGUCAGCAUCCAGGAUGAGGACUUCAGGGUUGCCCUGGAGACGCUGCAGGAGAUGCACUCACAGGCCCUCGGGGCCCCCAAGAUUCCCUCGGUGCGGUGGCAGGACGUAGGCGGCCUCCAGCAGGUGAAGAGGGACAUCAUGGACACCAUCCAGCUGCCGCUGGAGCACCCGGAGCUGGCCGCGCUGGGCCUCAAGAGGUCGGGCCUGCUCCUCUACGGGCCGCCCGGCACCGGGAAGACCCUGCUGGCCAAGGCCGUCGCCACCGAGUGCUCUCUGACCUUCCUGAGUGUGAAGGGGCCGGAGCUGCUCAACAUGUACGUGGGCCAGAGCGAGGACAACGUCAGAGAAGUGUUUUCUAAGGCCCGCGCCGCUUCUCCUUGCAUCAUCUUCUUUGAUGAGCUGGACUCGCUGGCUCCCAACAGAGGCCGCAGUGGAGACUCAGGGGGCGUGAUGGACAGAGUGGUAUCACAGCUGCUUGCGGAGCUUGACGGUCUGCAUUCAACUGGUGACGUAUUCGUGAUCGGAGCUACCAACCGCCCAGACCUCCUCGACCAAUCCCUGCUUAGGCCUGGAAGGUUUGACAAGCUGGUCUAUGUAGGGGCAAACGACAACAAGGACUCUCAGUUGCAAGUUCUGAAGGCCAUUACAAGAAAGUUCAGACUGGAGCCAGGGGUGUGUCUGGAGGAUGUGGUGGCCCAGACCCCUCCCCAGAUGACGGGAGCAGACCUCUACGCCCUCUGCUCCGACGCCAUGAUGGCCGCCGUCAAGAGGAAGAUUGAGCGCAUCAGCACCGGCCUGGAGGAAGAGAGUGGAGAUCUACUGAUCUCAGCCGAGGACUUCAACCAAGCUUUGAGCAAUGUGAAGCCUUCCCUGUCUGAUCAAGAGCUGCUCAAAUACAAGUACAUACAGCAGAACCUCAGCAUGAAGUAACAAAAGGUUAUAUCUGCUAUAUCUUUUGUUAUAACAGGACUUGUGUUACUCGCUACUUGGCUAGCUUCAUUAAUCUCAGUAAUUUAUGGUAGGUGUUGGAACAUCAGAUUACCAGUUUUACAGGAAGUUUAUAGGAAAUGGCAACAAUGCAGUCAGACCUGAAAUCCAGCUCAUUUUAGACACAAAUUACAUGUAAUCCUGUUAAAAUGAUUUCAUUGCCAGAACGCACACACGCACACACCCAUACAAACAAAUGAUCAGGGCCAUCUAUGUACAAUUGUUUUCAUCAAUCAAAUUUAGGUUGUGCCUCAAAAGUAUCUGAAUUCAAAAUCAAACUUAGUCACAUUAAUUCCCUUCUUCUACAGAUAAUUACAGCAAGGGAAAAGUGCUUGCUGUAUCUUUGAUACGUAAAUUGUUAUAUAAUAUAUUGUGACUCAUUAUAUUAAGCAAAUUCAGACUGCUAAUUUAGGUUGUGCCUAAAUGAAUAUAAAAUGACACUGUCAUUUCUUCUUAAUGAAGAUAAUUAUUGCAGAACAACCUUAUCUUGGGGUUCAAAAAUUGCUUUGCAUUAUCUGGUGACACUUUAUAUUAAACACAUUCAGACUGGUACUUUUACACCAUGAAAAAUCAAAAGAAGCUGAUCUACAACUGUAAAAUUUAGUUGGUUACCAGUCUGUGGCAAAACACUUGAGUCUUCCAUGUCUCUGAUCCACCAAAGGUACUUUCUGAUUAGAUCACAGACGACAACGGGACAACGUUAAUAUAAAGUGUUACCAAGUUUAUUUAAUGUAAUGUCGUGUAAAUAAUGUCUAAAAAUGUAAAUUCAGAGAAUUUGAAAAUGUAAUUAACUUUGCACCUGUCAUCACAUAAAAUCUUAAAAUAAAAGAUGGAGACACAGUGAACACA